GUCACCAUGCUGGAGGAGGCGGGCGAGGUGCUGGAGUCGGUGCUGAAGGCCUCGUGCCUCCCGCUCAGCUUCCUGCUCUUCGUGCCCGCCGUGCUCCUGCUGCUCGGCCCGCCGCCCGCCGCCGAGGCCGCCCACGAGUUCACCGUGUACCGCAUGCAGCAGUACGAGCUGGGCGGGCAGCCCUACGGCACGAGGAGCGCCGUGCUCAACACGGAGGCGCGCACGGUGGAGGCGGACGUGCUGAGCCGCCGCUGCGUCAUGAUGCGCCUCGUGGACUUCUCCUACGAGCAGUACCAGAAGGCUCUGCGGCAGUCAGCCGGGGCCGUGGUCAUCAUCUUGCCCCAGUCCAUUUCUUCUGUGCCCCAGGAUGUUGUUCGGCAAUUCAUGGAGAUAGAGCCAGAAAUGCUCGCUAUGGAAACCGUGGUGCCAGUCUACUUUGCAGUGGAGGAUGAAGAGCUGCUGUCUAUCUACGAACAAACCCGGGCCGCUUCUGCGUCCCAGGGCUCCGCAUCAGCCGCGGAAGUUUUGUUGCACACAGCAACUGCCAAUGGCUUCCAGAUGGUGACCAGCGGGGCUCAGAGCAAAGCUAUCAACGACUGGCUCAUACCCAGCGUGGAGGGAAGGCUAACAGGGCUGGGUGGAGAAGAUYUACCCACUGUUGUGAUAGUUGCCCACUAUGAUUCAUUUGGAGUCGCCCCUUGGCUGUCCCACGGCGCUGACUCCAACGGCAGCGGCAUCUCCGUGCUGCUGGAACUAGCCCGGCUCUUUUCCCGGCUCUACACCUACCGACGUACCCACGCCGGGUAUAACUUGCUGUUCUUUGCAUCUGGAGGAGGCAAGUUUAAUUACCAAGGAACCAAGCGAUGGCUGGAAGACAACUUGGAUCACACUGAUUCCAGCUUGCUGCAGGACAACGUAGCAUUUGUCCUCUGCCUCGACACGCUGGGCCGAGGGAACAGCCUUCACCUGCACGUCUCCAAGCCUCCCAAGGAGGGAACCUUGCAGCAUGCCUUUCUGAGAGAAUUGGAGAUGGUUGUUUCCAGCCAGUUCCCAGAAGUGAAGUUUUCCAUGGUGCACAAGAAGAUCAACCUGGCUGAGGACAUGCUGGCGUGGGAACACGAGCGCUUUGCCAUCCGCCGCUUGCCGGCGUUCACCAUCUCCCACCUGGAGAGCCACCGGGACAGCCUGCGCAACAGCAUCAUGGAUGGCAGGGCCCACGUAGACACUAAGGCACUCACCCGGAAUACCAGGAUCAUUGCCGAGGCUUUGACAAGAGUCAUCUACAACCUAACAGAGAAGGGAGCCCCUGCAGACCUCCAGAUCUUCACGGAACAGAUGCAGAUCCAGGAGGAGCAACUCGAGUCAGUGAUGGACUGGCUGAGCAGUCAGCCAAGGGCUGCCCAGCUCAUUGAUAAAGACAGCACCUUCCUCAACACCCUGGAAUAUUAUAUGGGCCGCUACCUGAAGGAUGUGAAACAACAUCAUGUAAAGGCAGACAAAAGGGACCCGGAGUUUGUGUUCUAUGACCAGCUGAAGCAAGUGAUGAAUGCAUACAGGGUCAAGCCAGCGAUAUUUGAUCUGCUUCUGGCUGUCUGCAUUGCAGCCUACCUGGGAGUCGCCUAUGUUGCAGUCCAGCACUUUGGUCUCCUUUACAAGACYGUACAGAGAUUAUCCCUUAAAACCAAGCAGCAGUGAAGUAACAAGUACCCUGUUCAGCAGCACUGAGCCACCGGGGAGCGUGCGGAUGGUUGUGGCUGCCUGUGCAAUGAGCAGGGGCCACGGUGCCGAGCACUCCUGAAACCCCAGCCCUCCAGGGAGACUUACCUUCGAGUGCUUACUCGAAAUGCCCCUCUGCAUGCAUGAGCUGUUGGUGACACACGUCUACAAAUGAAUCUAUAGCGACCUCGGACACUGAUUUCUUGCUCUGGAGUAGGUGGAAGAUGAGCAGGGAUCUCUUGUCGCUGGGUUUUAUGCUCUGCUCCUGCAGACUGGGUGCACUGUGCUGGGGGCAGGUGUGUGCUCUGCCCUGGGUAGGUGCAGAACAAGCACAAUGCAGCGGCUUCCCGAAGAACACUUUGAUGGUUCUGAGUGUCUGGAGCCUGUUUGAGAGCCCUCCAGGUGCAUCCUGUGCUCCUACUGUGGUAACGUGGAGGUGGGAUGUUUCCCUCCUUUCCAGCAGGAUACUUAACUCCGUUACUUCACUGAGAACAAAUAGGGAGGCCAAAGCAAUCCUGCUUGGACUUGGCCUGGUGCAUGUAAAUAGCACAGGCAGCCCCAGAACAUUCAUAUUUAUAGUGGAGACUGUCAACUUUGGCUCUUCCUCGUGAGAAACUCCAGCCUGAGUCACAAACUUGCACCAACCCAGGCAGGAUGGUUGCGGCUCUGUCCCUGGUAAGGCUGCAGCAUUAAAGCAAGCUCUUCCCUCCUUGUGCUUUCCACAAUGCCCUGCCAACGCUCCUGGGGCAGGGCCAGGCGCCAGGGGCAGGUGCCUGAAAGGAGCGGAGGUAGAUGAGGGUUCACAAGCUUCAAGGACGGUGGGGAUAGUGGCUUGCUCUCUCCUGCACUAGGGUCAUCUGUCCCAUACGCUGAUUGAGUGCACUUGAUAUGUCCCUGGCUGGGUGCCACAGAAAGGAGUUUUCAUUACAUAGAAGGGCUUGUGCUUCUGAUCACGAGUGUGUGCACCAAAGCGCACUGUCUGCUCAAACCGGAGACCGUCACAUUCCAGCUCAUAGCUGAGAAGGAGGGAGUGGAGACUGGCACCGUCACUCUGGUGCCCGUCAGGGGAGUGAACAGAGUUCCCACAUUGCCAUGAUGUUUAGGAGAAGUUGACAUGGAAGCUUACCACUCAUYGCUACCAUCCUGCUGUGUUUUGUAAUAACAACAACCACGGUGAUUCCUGAUGCUGAUUCCG